AUGGAGGUAAAAACCCCAGGAAUAAAGACAGAAAAUGUGUUACCCUUAAGGAAUAGCGUUUCACACAACACACUUUCCAACAGGAGUGUUUUAAGGCUAGACAAAUAAUGACCGUGCCUCGAAGAAAUGGUUUUGCAGAGGAGGAUGAAGCGGAGUUAGAAUGGGAAGCGGAAGAUGAAGAGCUGGAGGAGGGAUGGGUUGACCUUGCAGAUGAGGGGGUUCCUGUUUCUCCAGAUGUGCGGGCACUAAUGCAAGCAGCUGAACUUGGCGAUCAAAAUGCCCUUCGCCUUGCUUUAGAUAACUUGAAUGGUAGCGUUGAUCAAUCAGCAGAAGAUGGCGACACUGCCCUUCAUUUGGCUUGUCUUUAUGGUUACUUGCCUUGUGUGCAGCUCCUCUUGCAGAGGGGAGCAAGCCUGGAUUCCAAGGAUGAGGAUGGAGCCAUUCCUCUUCAUGAUGCAUGUGCAGGAGGGUUUGUUGAUAUUGUUCAAGCACUGUUAGAUUCUGCCAAAAAUAAAGAUAAAGUCAAGAGGCUUCUUGAUACAGCUGAUGUUGAUGGUGACACGCCACUGCAUCAUGCGGCUAGAGGGACUCACUUGGAAGUUGUGCAGCUCUUGCUUGGAGCUGGAGCUUCUCCAAAUAUAGCCAAUGUUUUGGGGAAGACUCCUGGUGAUCUUUCAGAGCCAGACACUGAAGUGUGGCGUGCCUUAGACUCUGCAGUACGAGAGAAUAUUACUUCUUAGUUCUUGACCGUGAUUAUAGAAAUCAUAUAAACAAGGGAAGGGGGAUAUAGAAUGACCUUUUGCCUCCUUUUAAUGGACAUGACAGAAGGAUACAACGAUUUUGAAAUAUGAGGUUUUUAAGUUUUUUACCAAAUACGUUGGAAAAAGAACAGUAGGAAAUAUCAAUCUGAGUUUUUGAUUCAUGCAUUGUUAUUCAAAUAAAAUCCACUACUGUUGAUUAGUUA